CAGAAGGGGGCGGUAAUGCACCAAUAUGCUGGAUGCCAACCAGGUUAUUGUAAAACAGGAAAGAAGAAGAACAACAAUUUAAGUGAUGCAUAAAACACAAAUUUGGUGAAAAUGCCGCGCUGAUGAGGAUGGGGUGAAGCAGCAAGACAGAGGAAUUACUGCAGGAGAAACUACUGACAUACUAUUGUAAAGAUGGAGUUUAAGGAAGAACCCUGUAGAAUAAAAGAUGAAGAUACAGAGGAACAAAUAGAUCCUAUGGAUGUGAAAGUUUUGAAGCAUGAGUUUCAUUUCACAAAUGAAGAUGGACACAUUUCACAGACUGAAAAGAAUUUUACACAGAAAAGUGCUGGGAAAACUGGAGUUAAAGGAUCUUUCACCUGCUCUGAGUGUGGAAAGAGUUUCACAGAUAAAUCAAAACUCAGCAAACACAUGAGAAUUCAUACUGGAGAAAAACCGUUCACAUGCACUCAGUGUGGAAAGAGUUUCGCUCACAAAAGUACUCUCAAAGAUCAUCUGCGCUCACACUCUGGAGUGAAGUCGUUCAGCUGUGAUCAUUGUGAUAAAUCAUUUGUUUUUUCAUCAAACUUAAGAGUACACCUUAAAAUUCAUACUGGUGUGAAGCCUCACUUUUGUACUUUCUGUGGAAAGAGUUUUUCACUGCUGAAGUAUUUAAAAGAUCAUGAGAAUAUUCAUACUGGUGUGAGACUUUAUGUGUGCUCUGACUGUGGGAAGAGCUUUGCUACAUCCAGUGCCUUAAAAACACACCAGAGAGUUCAUACUGGAGAGAAACCGUACAAGUGCUCACACUGUGGAAAGAGUUUUGCUCGGUCAGAUUCCUUGAAAGAUCAUGAGAGAAUUCACACUGGAGAGAAACCGUACAAGUGCUCUUACUGUGAAAAGAGUUUUGCUCGGUUAGAUUCCUUGAAAGAUCAUGAGAGAGUUCAUACUGGAGAGAAACCGUACAAGUGCUCACACUGUGAAAAGAGUUUUGCUCGGUCAGAUUACUUGAAAGGUCAUGAGAGAAUUCAUACUGGAGAGAAGCCGCACCAGUGCUCUUCAUGUGGGAAGAGAUUCAUCCAAUCAUCUAGUCUACUUUAUCAUAAGAAAAAGUAUUGCCCAUAGUUUCUUAAAUAAGGAAAAGUUUAUGUUCAUAUCCAGCACUUUGGCUGUUAAGAGGUGAUGCACUAUAAUUAAUGCCAUUCAUUUGUUACAAGAAUAAAAGAAACAACUUGUACUUUUUGAGUGGCUUAAGUCAUGAGCAAUUUUUUUCAUGAAGGCCUAAAGUUUUCAACAAUAAGCAACAAGUAUCACACAAGUGCUGUUAUGUCCUGAAUAGCACAAGUGCAUAUGUGAUAUUGAAUUUAUACACUAGUUCAAUAAAUAAGAAGUAGGGGUGCAACGAUACCCUCAUGUCACGAUGCAAUAUAUCACGAUACUGACCUCAUGAUAUGAUAUUAUUGCAAAACUCCAAGACAUAUGGUAAAAGGUUAACAAAAAAUGUACUGUUGAUUCAAAUGCUAAAUUUAGUAUUACAAUGAGGGUAGAAAUGAAUAGGCUUGGACUGAUUGGUGGCUGACUUAAAGCUGUGCAUGCUAGUUAGAAAUUAGGCUUGUUAGAGAUGCAUUGGCACUGCGCAGACUGAUUAGAGUAUGACAUCAAAGUACUGCAAGAGCGAUUGGAGAGCAGACGACUCCUUAGUUACAUCCCCCAAAUGACACACUAUACACUUUGCACUUAUACACUAUAUACUUAUGCACUGUGUUCUCAUCCAUGUAGUGUAUGAAUUUAUAAGGUUAUUUUAUCAUUAAACAAGAGUAAUUAAAGCUGCAACAGUUGAGUGCAUGAAGUGUCCAACAUUCCACACUUCCUUUUUCCCAAUAAUUUAGUGCAUCAUCUGGGUAUUUAAAGUGUACUUUUUCUUUUUGUAUAGUGCAUAUGUACGCAAAUUGGAACUCACCUCUUAUGUUUUUGAAUCGCUCUUGGGGUACUUUGUUGUCAUCGGUCUACACAGCGCUGAUGCAUCUCGAACAAGGAUAUUUUGUCCAACUUGAGACAGCACCGACACCAUGUGACUGUGACAUAUGGCUUCAAAGAACCAUGAGAGCGAUUCGAGAGCAGUCGGCUGAGUCAGCCAGCGCAGCUUCUCAAGAACGGCUGCACAAGCUCUGAUGACGACACAGCUGUGUUACGACUGGCCGGAUUCACCACAUGACAAGGAUCACAUGUUUCGUUUUUUUCUAACACCUUCAGUUCCGCUAAUGCUCACAAAUCUGUGUUUUCAUUACAGUAAAACUGUUUUCAUGUUAUACUGUGUCAUAUUUUCAAAAUAACUGAUAAAUCAUAGACCCACUUUAUUGGUAUUUGUAGUAAAGGCUUAUGUUGAACUUUAUUCUUGUACAGAUGAUAGCGUUGUAUUAAGCAGUACAUAAAAAAGUGUUUCUGUUUCUUCAUGAAAACAUAUGAAACAUCUGUAUUUGCCAGAUAUUGCGUCUAAUCCACUUCAUCUGAUAAAGUAGCCUACGCAAACGCAAGUGUCCGAUCCGACUUGACGAUUCCGUUUUCAAAUCAUUUCAUUAAAAAAUCAUAUUUUCAUAAUAAAAACUCAUUAAAAGGAAAGUUCACCCAAAAA